AUUAUUAUCACAAAACAAAGCAAAACAAAAAAAGAACGCCUGAAACUACAUUUCAUUUGGCCUUUCCAAGAGUGUGAAAUGUCACAGCCCAACGUAAUGUUUUCUUACUUCAUAUUGAUGAUGUCUGCUUUCAUCACAAUAGCUGAUGGAUAUUAUUGUUACAUAAUGGAUGAAUGCCUCUACAGUUCCCAUGAUCUCAGUGAUAUGGUGUAUCUUCAGUCAUAUUGGUUCAAUAUGGUUAUGGACAUACAGUAUAACAGCACUCUAGGAAAGUUUGUGGGGUUAACUGAGUAUGGAGAGCAUGUUGUAGAGGGCUGGAACAGAAAUCUCAACUUUAUUCAACAAAUGCAAGCUCAGGUGGACACAUACUGCAAACCUAAUGCUCAAUUCUUGGAAACAGCUCUCCGUGAUAAAGCCGUGCAACCGAAGGUUAUGCUCAGAUCAGUGAAGCGAGCUCAAGGCAAGCAUCCAGCCAUGUUGAUGUGCAGCGUGUAUGACUUCUACCCAGAACAAAUCAAAGUGUCCUGGUUGAGAGAUGGUGAACCAGUGGCCUCUGAUGUGACCUCUAUUUUGGAGAUGGCUGAUGGGGACUGGUACUAUCAGAUUCACUCUGAGCUAGAGUACACCCCAAGAUCUGGAGAAAAGAUCUCUUGUGUGGUGGAUCACGCCAGCUUCAAUAAACCCAUGAUUGUAGACUGGGAUCCCUCUCUCCCUGAGUCUGAGAGGAAUAAGAUUGUUAUCGGGGCCUCUGGACUGGUGCUGGGAAUUGUCAUAGCAGCUGCUGGACUCAUUUACUACAAGAAGAAAUCAACAGGGAGGAUCCUGGUACCACAUUAACUAUAGUAUGUCCAAUAUAACAUGAUGACGACUGAAAGAAGAAGCAGUGGAUCACUUUAUAUUUUUGAGUGGCAAAGUCCCUUUAUUCUGAACGUUUAACAUUUAAAAUAAUAAUAAAAAAGAAAAUAUUGCAUCAAAUAUGAUGCAUGUGAGUGACUUAUAUUAGAGCAUCUUUAUGUAAUGUUUGUAAUGAUAAAGUAAUACCUCUGUGUUGAUUAUAGGGAUUAGGGAAAACAAACUGGUGUUACAAUUGAGCAACAAAACUCUUUGUUCCCAUGCUACAGUAAAAAAGCAUGGCACAAAGGUUGGCUUUACAUCAGAGCGGCAGUAUUCUUUGAACUCCUCUUCUUAAAAACAGAGGAUGGACUACACUCUUAAAACAGAAUACAUAGAUAAUAAAUUAAUUACCAACUAAAGCCUUCAUCAGCCGAAUAACAAAGGACAAUGCAUCUAUGUGAACUUCUGCAGUUAAUCUAGGAUGGACUUCAAAGACAUUAGUCAUUAAUCUUACAGUUCAUACAAAAUCUUUGUUUAAACACUGACCCUUAACACUUACUUAGUUUGAUAAUUUUAAACCAUGACUUGCACUAUACAUAAGUCAUAUUGGCAUUAUAUUCAUGAUGUUAGCCAGAGGGGAACUGGCCCCACAGUGAGCCUGGUUUCUCCCAAGGUUAUUUUUCUCCAUUAACCAACAUCUUAUGGAGUUUUGUGUUCCUUGCCACAGUCACCUUUAGCUUGCUCACUGGGGGUCUAAAUAUAAUUAUUAUUAUUUACUUAUUUAUUUAAUUAUUAUUAUUAUUUUCUUAAUACACAAUUUAAAAUCACAAUUUUAUCAAACUACACAAUGUUGACUCUGACAUCACAAAUAUUACAACUUCAUGUUUUGUUAAAGCAUAAUUUUCUGUAAAGCUGCUUUGAAACGAUGUGUGUUGUGAAAAGCGCUAUACAAAUAUUUCUGGCAUCGUUGAGUCAUUCCGUCCUUCGGAUGAGACGUUAAACCGAGGUCCUGACUCUCUUUGGUGAUUAAAAAUCCCAGGACACUUCUCGAAAAGAGUAGGGGUGUAACCCCGGUGUCCUGGCCAAAUUCCCCCUAUUGGCCCUUAUCAAUCAUGGCUUCCUAACUAUCCCCAUCCAUUAAUUGGCUGUACCACUCUACUCUCUCUUCUCCACCAAUAGCUGGUGUGUGGUGAGUCUAGUGGCGCACUAUGGCUGCCGUCGCAUCAUCCAGGUGGAUGCUGCACACUGGUGGUGGUUGAGGAGAGUCCCCUUGUUCACUAUGUAAAGCACUUUGAGUGUAGUGUCAGAAAAGCGCUAUAUAAAUGUAACAUUCAUUCAUUCAUUCAUUCAUUCAAAUAAAGAUGACUUGACUUGAAAAAUGACUGAACUGACCUUAUUCACAGCAGCGCCAUCAUUGAUGUUUGACGGAAAUGACAACAAGGCUGUUAGGGAUAGAUGUAGAGUCUCUUCA